AUGGGUUCUGGACCCGACACUAGACGGGGAUUUAUUCUUAAAAAAAAAAAGGCCAUCCUUGCAGGAGGUGCCAAGUUGCUAACCCAUUCAUACUUGGACAACAACCACAACCACGGACGCAUUUCGUUCUCCGUCUGUGCCGUUCUCCACCAAAUACACUCCGGGCACGGUGCAGUUCCCAUCCCUGUCCUAUCAGCCACCGGAUUGGCAUCUCUAUACAUCGUCGUUCCUUUGUUUCCCCUGGACCAAGACAGUCAGCCUCCAUUGGGCAACCGCCCAAUGCAUCCAUGGCAGCAGAGCAAAAUUUUGGUCGGGUCUGGUCCGGUAUCCGAUCGAUUAGGAGAACCAGAGCGCUUAGCCCACUCAAGAACCACAGCAGGAGGUGAAUCCACACUUCUAUGCUAUCCCGUGCGAGGUCCCGUGAAUGCCGGUCGGUGCACCAGUCCACGAGACUCAACCGAGUGA